GCCAACAUGGCGAAUUUGAGCAAUCAAUUGCAAGCUUAUUUGCAAAGAAAUGAUAAAAAUGGGACGAAUGGGGAGGCAGAUGAGAGUUUACUGCCUGGGGAAUCUUCCAAAGUGUCGAAGUGGUUUUCUAAGAUGACGAAUAGGCAGGAAACAGCAAGCCCUGUGAUCGAUGAGACGAGUAAUGGGUGGUUUAGUGAUGCCCAAAAAGAUCCUUGUCUGCCAAGUUUGUCAAAGAAGCAAAGGAUCAUUGGCUUUGUUGGCUGCAUUGGUCUUGGAGUUUUCUGUUUUGCUCUGGCCUCCUUCUACAUUCCCUUUAUUGUCCUGAAGGCAAGGAAGUUCUCCCUCCUUUACUCACUCGGAAGUCUAUUUUUCAUUUCAAGUUUUGCGUUACUAUGGGGACCCAUGAAUCAUCUAAAACACCUUGUAUCCGGAGAUAGAUUACCCUUUACUACAGUUUACUUUGGAACAAUGUUUGGAACAUUAUACUUUGCAUUAUGGGCCAAAAGUACAGUAUUCACAAUAAUUUUUGCUGUUGCUCAGAUUUUAUCACUGGUCUGGUAUGUUAUCAGCUACAUCCCUGGUGGACAAACAGGACUAAAGUUUUUCUCAAAAAUAUUUUACGUCGCUGCAUCAAAAACUGUUCAAAAGACUCUUCCAGUGUAGCAUAUGUUGGUCGGUGGUAGCCCAAUUUUGUUUGUUUUCGGAUCUUUUUGUAUAAUGCCUCAUCUUAGCCACCAGAGUUCAAGGAUCUCCGAACUGACCUUGUUUUCAAUGCGAAUGGAUAUUUGAAGUUUGUAUUCUCGUAGAGUUUGGGGCCCUUGAACUCUGCAGGCCUGGCCAACUCCUCGGGCGGUGGCCAUGUGGGAGUGGCCAAGGCAGUGGGUAGAGUUCACUCAUGUUUAGGUAUAAUUUAUAAGAACCUUGGUUUAGAGAUAAACUACAUAGAUACAUCAGUUGUUCUCUUUGUGCCAUAUUUCUAAGUGGUCUUGUGUAUGCCUACCAGUACUAUCAAGAAUUCAUAAAGACUACUAUGCCUGUACACAUUGAAUUCAUUGUUAAUGUUCAUGAACGUGCUCUUUCUGAUGAUGGUAAUUUCUUCAUCAUCAAAACAUGGAAUCGAGUUGGCCAGUGGAUUUCAUGGAUUAUGUUCGUGGUAUUCACCUGUUGGGUGAUCAGGUUGUAAAGACUGAUGAUAUGUCUCGGCUGGAUGGUAUAUCUAGUUAAUUCAGUGGGUAUUGCCCCAUUAAUUAUAAAUGUCCGGCAAUGACAUUAUUGUUCAAGUGUAUUUAAUAAAGUAUUGUUUUUUUAUCUAAA